AUGGGUUCUGACCAACUAACUCCCGUGUUGGAAUUCCAUCAAGAUUCGCAGUCGGAUAGUCAAACAAAAGUUGAGCGGAAGGAAUAUGUUGCCGAAUUUCUGAAAGAUUCAACUAUAGCUGCUGCUCAAGCUUUACUGAAAUCAUCAGAUAUUCCAGCGGAGGAAGCUUACGAGAUGGAGUUGUAUGCACAUAAACAACCUGUCUUUUCGUGGGAACAGUCGGAGAAACCAGUUAAUAUAUUGCCAGCUGAGGAAUACAUCCUUAGUAUUGGUCUGUAUGGAAAACGUGGAUGUGUCAGUGGCACUAUACAAAUCGAUUACGGGUACCUGAACCGCCCAGAUCAUAGUGACAAGGAUGUCUUCUACACCAGACAAGUCUUUUAUCCUGUUCUUCUAACUGUUCACCAGAAUCUCGAACCUGUUUCCAUGGAUAUAUUAAAUUUCACGCCUUUGAACAUCCCUGAUAACCCUACUCAUGUUAAUGGGAUUAAUGGUACACUCGGCAAUUCUUAUCACAACGAAUUAGUCGAAGAUUUGAUUAAACUUGUUAGGUGGAAUAAGGGAACGAAUGAAGAUUCUACGAGUAAAAUGGAAAAUGAUUAUUGUUUAUUAACUUUCGAUAUAAGAAAUGUUUGGCACAUUGCAUUUGAUGUAACCAUUGAAUCUAAUGAAGGAGAAGAUUUUGAUCCAUUAAGUAUUACUGCUACCAUUCAGCCAGCUGCCACGGCACGACGAAUCUUUCUUAGCGAAGCCGAGUGCACAAAACCCAUUCCUUCUUCCAAGCAGUUUGUUGUCUCAAAAGAGCCAAAGGGAACUGUUGAGCAGGAACACACGCAACUAGCUCUGUUCUGGUACAGGGAGAAUCUGUUAAAAAAAAUAAAGGCACAUUGGGAAUGCGUAUCCUUACUAAAUGCCGGCAUAUGCUUACGAGAUUUUUUUGUGCAUGUUAUUUCUUGA